CUCCGUCAUCGUUACUCUCACCUUCACUUUUCACUGUUCAGUGGACAAUCAUGACCAUCACCCCAACGAAAUCCAUCAUCCUCUCAGCAACAUUUCCAUCUUUCCCAUCACCAUCAAAGCAGAUUCAACAAAUUUCAUCAUUAAAUUAAAUCCAUAUCAACGGUCAAGAUUCGUUGAAGAACAACUCGUUAUCACAACCUCAAUUAUCUAUAAUUAUUAAGAAGAACCCCACUGAAAGAAAAAGUUGAAACUAGAAACGAACAUUAGCAGGUCACAUGCACCGACCUCCACGUCACUCCCGUACACUGGAACCUGCAAUUGCAGGUGCAAAAUAGCGGAUAUAGCCGCACGACACGCACCGUUCCCACCGGGCCGUUAAGCUCACGGCACAGCCCUAGCCAACGUGGACUCAACCUCACCAUCAAUUCCUAAUCAAACGAAAUCAGGUCAGAUAAUAAUCAGAGACAACGGAAAGUGAAAGAUUGAUACUCUCCAGUCUCCAAAGAGUUUCAUGAUUACUUGAGAGGCUUCUGGUUAAAGCAAAGCGGCUCUCUCGCUUUGAUGAUUGAUUGAGAGAAAGAGAGAUGGCGGAAGUGAGACAAGCAAACACGUGGCGGGAGGAACUGUCGAGUUUAGUCGAAGAUACGGGGAUAACGAUCGGUGUUUCGUCGUUACCGCCCUUCAAUGAGUCGAAAUCGACGAUGGCGGGGGCGUCGGUUCUCAAGAGUGAUCAUGAAACGGAACCUCCGGAGAGUUUGAAGGAACAGGUGACGGGAUUUUUGAAAUCGUGGUGCGAGAUGCUUCUAGAACUUGGAAGAGGAUGCAGAGAUAUUUUGCAGCAAACGGUAGUUACUGAAGAUUCGUUUAUAGUUCAGAAGCUUGGUGGACCCGUGGCUAAGGUGUCCGGUCGAUUGAGAUUCUUGAAUGAGUUCUUGCCUGAGGAUCGUGAUCCAAUUCAUGCUUGGCCUAUUAUCUUCUUCGUUUUCAUUCUUGCACUUUCAGCUCUGAAUUUAAAUGCACAUGAUAGAUUGGUACCGCCAGUGAAGAAAGUGCGUGCUCAUCCUCCUAGUGCGAGUCGAAUCCAGCUUCCAGAUGGCAGACACUUGGCUUAUCGCGAUGUCGGAGUUGCAGCUGAUAAAGCUAGAUUUUCUUUCAUUGCUCCACAUUCUUUUCUUUCAUCCCGACUUGCAGGUAUUCCGGGUGUUCAGGCAUCAUUGCUUGAAGAGUUUGGUGUUCGCUUGGUAACAUAUGAUCUUCCUGGUUUUGGAGAGAGUGAUCCUCAUCCCAGUAGAAAUCUCAACUCAUCCGCAUUUGAUAUGCUACAUCUAGCUGAUGCUGUUGGCAUCAAUGAUAAGUUCUGGGUGUUGGGCUACUCAAGUGGAAGCAUGCAUGCUUGGGCUGCACUCAGAUAUGUUCCUCACAAAAUUGCAGGUGCUGCAAUGGUUGCUCCAAUGAUCAAUCCAUAUGAAUCUAGCAUGACUAAGGAAGAAAUGAGAAGUAUUUGGGGUGAGUGGUUACCAAAAAGGAAGUUAAUGUAUUAUUUAGCUCGAAGAUUGCCAAAACUGCUGUCCCUUUUUUACCACCAGAGUUUCCUAUCUGGCAAACAUGGCCGAAUUGAUAAGCAGAUGUCUCUGUCACUUGGAAGGAAGGAUGAGAUUCUGACUGAAGGACGAACAUUUGAAGACUUCUGGCAUAGAGAUGUGGAGGAGUCAAUCCGUCAGGGAAAUACAAAACCAUUUAUCGAGGAAGCUGUCCUACAUGUUUCAAGCUGGGGUUUUUGUUUGGCAGAUCUUCAGGUGCAGAGGAAGUGCUACACAAGUGGAAUUUUCCCUUGGCUGAGGUCCCUAUACAGUCAGGCAGAAUGUGAAUUGGCAGGAUUUCUGGGACCCAUACAUAUAUGGCAGGGGAUGGAUGACCAAGCUGUUCCUUCGGCAAUGAUGGAUCAUAUAAGCAGGGUUCUACCAGGGGCCAUUAUUCAUAAGCUCCCAAAUGAAGGUCAUUUUUCGUAUUUCUUUUUCUGUGAUGAAUGCCAUCGGCAGAUAUUCUCUACUCUGUUUGGAAGCCCUCAAGGUCCUCUUGACCAAGGAAUGGAUAAAGGUGAAAUCCCCUCUGAAGUGGAUAUGGAAGAGCAAUCAUUAGCUACUGAUUCUACCAAAAAUUGAUACACCACCAUAUAUUUACACUUUUUCCUGCUAUUAUCCCAAUUUUUGUGUAAAUACCACAGUCUGCCCCUUCUAUCUCAUAGGAGCACUUAGGGUGUCUCAAAAUUUUCUGGUACAAGUACUUUAGAGGUAAGGCUAGAAGAAACGUGUUGUAAAGGUGAGAUAUUACAAGGCAAGGUGGCACUGAGCUUAUUGAUUUACCUUACAAACUAGAAUCUAUCAGUAUUAACCAUAAACAAUUCUUUUGGCAUUUCUCAAAUUUUUAUGCUUUAAGAGUUGGUAAUCAAUGUCCGGACAGCUUUUUCUUACCAGAAAAUUUGGUUAUGCUCUGCUAAAACUUCGCUUAAAAGCAGGGUUCUUGGUCUUAUUACUUCUAAGCUAAGGCCAAAAGAAAUUUUAUGGUAAACCGGGGUGACAAAGGUUUUCUUCUUGUACUGGCAUGUUUCAGAACAAUCCCUAGAGACAGGGCUUCCUGUGUUGGCAGGUGUCUGCGCGUGCACAACCGUGGUUCAACUGGCAUGCUCACCUGACUUUGGCCUAUGCUUGAAUGUUCAACGGAGUGUCAAGUUUGGUGGUUUGAAUUGCAUGUGCUGUGCAUCAGAUCUGUCAUUUCCUCCAAGGGGGCGACGCCAGUUGAAACUGAUGAAAUUUAAACUAAAUAGAAGGCCAGCUUUGGCAGUUCAAAAGAACUAACAAGAAAGAGUGAUAUCCGUUUGGACUCAUCAAACCUAGAUUGAGAGCUUUUUCUCCUGCUGGUAGUUCUAUCGGUUUGCUCCCUCAUCAAACAUGAUCUUGACCUUAUCUUACGAUAAUCUUACCAAUCGCUGGCAAAAAUGAAAUUAAAGCAAGGUAUAAAAAAAGAUUGGCAUCCUUUGACAUGCUAUAUAAGUAGAUAAUUUGACGAUACAUUUAGUUGCCUUUCAAAUGGAAAUAGGGUUCGCGGCCUUGGGCAAACUUUUCACAUUAAGAAAUUAAGUGUGUCUUAUUUAUACGAGAUUUUAUGUUAAAUUAAAUUUGAGUUAAUGAAACAUCUUGUUUCUGAAAAAAAAAUUA